CAAUUUUUUUUAAGUGGGUAUUUUCUAGAUUCCUCGAGGACUGCCUACACACUUAAAAAAAAGUAUUUCGAUUCCUUGCAAAUGCUGCCUGAUUUAACGCUGAUAUUUUUCCUAUGAUACCCUAUCAACUCUUCAUUUUCCGAAUAGUUUCUCGCUCUGUUUUAAUUCUUAUCGAAUGCUAUAACGGGAAUUCCAUUCUUCGAGUGAUCAAUCUUCUGAAACGAUUAGUGAAUUAGGAACUUGUUUGGACAAAACUUCCGCGUUUUGGCGGUUUUUGUUGGUUAAAUUUGAUACAUGAAGUGGGACAUGGAAAUUCUGUCGUCAGCAUCUUAUCUCUCCAGCACAAAUUGGUUUGCUGAAGAGAGUAAGAGCACGAAAUGGACAUCAGCAGAGAACAAAAUGUUCGAGAAUGCCUUGGCGGUAUACGAUAAAGAUAAGCCGGACCGAUGGCAAAAAGUGGCUGCGAUGAUCCCGGGGAAGACGGUAGGAGAUGUAAUCAAGCAAUAUAGAGAAUUAGAAGCUGAUGUUAGCAGUAUAGAAGCAGGGCUGGUUCCAAUUCCUGGGUAUAACACCUCUCCAUUCACAUUGGAUUGGGUGAAUAGCCACGGCUAUGAUGAAUUGAAACAUUCAUAUGGUCUCGGUGGAAAGAGAUCUUCAUCAGGCAGGCCUGGAGAUCAUGAGAGGAAAAAAGGGGUUCCUUGGACAGAAGAGGAGCAUAAAUUGUUUCUAAUGGGGCUAAAGAAGUAUGGCAAAGGGGAUUGGAGAAAUAUAUCUCGCAAUUUCGUUGUCACUCGGACACCGACUCAGGUGGCUAGUCAUGCUCAGAAGUAUUUCAUCAGGCAGCUUUCAGGAGGGAAGGAUAAGAGAAGAGCUAGCAUUCAUGACAUAACAACAGUCAAUUUCAGCGACGUGAGAACUGCUUCCCCGGACAUUCAGAUGCAAUCAGCGGAAAAUACCCUAGAACACCUAUUGUGA